GGCCUCGCUGUGACAAUCACACAACGUCCCAGGAAAAUAUCUCCCGAGGAUAAACAGGACAGCAACUGUCGUGAAAACCCAAGCGAACAGUUAGUUUCAUAACCUUGCCCGGUCGAACAAACCAGGAUUUACUCCACUUGUCCGUCCGUUCGUCCGUCCGUCCAGCCUGCUUCCUAUUCACUUUCAGAUACCUGAGUCGCCGGAUGCAGAAACUAACGGUGCUGGCAUUAGCUGCUGCUGCUGCUGGAUACAGGUGACGUACAGCAUCUUGCCCUGACGACGCAUCCAUCAACCAUCAACCACCACCAGGCAGGGUGGUCAGUGUUCACUGUUCACUGGAGUACCCGACUGUUCAGUUUAUCUUGUGUGCUGGUGAACUUCUGACCUCUCAUCGCUGUUGUCCCUGCCGUGCGAGGUCGGUGUUCAUAUCUCGUCAAGCGAGCGUCUGUGUAUGUAAUAGUUUCGUGGAGGCCGCAUGUAAGUGCAGUACAGCAGCGCCGUGUACAACGAGCGGACCAGUCGGGGUGGAAGUCGUUUGGGGAAACCGAAAAUAGAGCCGCGUGUCUGUGGGGAACAUUGUAUUCUGAAUGUUGUGGGCACCAUGUGCUGGGUGUGGCGUGAGGUGGAAAAUCUGUGACAAAGUCGGACAACUCUGCGAGAGUGUACAGCCUACCCCUCCCCCUCCUCCUCUUCCUGAGUAGAAACACCGCAGGAACAAACAGAGUGCGACACAGUGCAGGUAAGUGCAGGGCAGGCCUGCAACGAAUUUCCCAGACGAGUCGUGGCUGGUGGUCAUCAGGAGAGAGUGAGAGUGUGAGUGGUGUUCACAGGAUCGCCAGUUCUAACGCAAUCGGGAUCAGGACACCUUUCGCAAUUAUUUCAGGACAGUUGCGUAAGUGUACUUUUAUUAAAUACAUUUAUAUAAGUACAUUAAAAAAAACACAAUUGAGCGUUGCUUGUCACACCUUGUCAAGCCUCGUCACCCGAUAACGUCACAGCGGCCAUGUUCUGUCUCGCUGCUGCUAUACCAGACUCCAUGGCAACCGUCUGUGAUGACAACGGCGGGUGCGAUGACCCGUACUACCGGGACGGCAUCAGUCAGGGCAGCCCGGAGUCGCGCAGAGACGACAGCGAGAGCGAGACUGACACUCCCACUUCAGGCUCCGUGUCUCCCGGCAUGCCCGACUCCCCCUACCAUGACCACCACUACAGCCAGACCAUCGAGGUGGAGCACCACGGCGGGCGCCGGGUGGCGGGGAAUCCCCCCAUGGACACGGUCAUCCUGGUCAACCGCGACCGGCGCACAGGUCGACGGGAACACAUCGUGAUGCGCAGCCUCCUCAAGACUCGGGCCUCGCCCGGCCGCGUGGAGAAGCGAGUGGUCGUCAACAAAGGCCCAGCACCAGAGAUCAAACACGCCAACAUGUCCAUGCGGGCAAACCUGCGGCAGCAGCUGCAACGGCAGCAGAUGCUGGAAAUUGAGAAGCGGGAGCGAGAAAAUAGUUUAGGAAGUUUGGGCAAGCAGAGCCAGACGCAACCCCAGAACAUCAAUGGGCCUGUUUUACAUGGUCCACCUGAAGUGCCUCCUAAAGUGCUUCAGGUGGAAACACCAUUGGAACACCCAACCCAGUACCACAUUCGACAAAAUCAGAAACGACAGGUACAGCUGUACCUUAGUCAGUCAGUGCGAGACCACCAUAUGCCAGCUCACUCCAUGCCUGUCCUCACCACUGGUGCAUCACCUGUUGAUACCCAAUAUCAGUUGUCUGGUUCAGCACCCACAGAUCUGGACAGCCCUGCAUCACAUGGCUUGGGAACAUCUCAUGGAUAUGAGGAAAUGGAUCUUCUCAGUGACUUGAUUAGUUUGGAGUCGGUAGAACCUGCAAUGGAUAAUGACCUCAACUUCAUUGAGCCUUCUUUGAAUCCUGUCUCAGCCACACUUCCACCAAGCAAUUUCUUAAAUCAUUAUGGCACACUUGAAGUUGAGUCUGCCAGUGCCACGUCCUCCUCCUCCUGUCCCCCAGCAUUUUCUGGGCGCACUGAUCCUCCUAAUCAAAUGUCAGAGGAAGAGGCACGCUUAUGGGCCAAAGAUCGCCAGAAAAAAGACAACCACAACAUGAUUGAAAGGAGGCGAAGGUUCAAUAUCAAUGAUAGAAUCAAAGAGUUAGGAACAUUAUUGCCCAAAAACAUUGAUCCAGAUAUGCGCCAAAACAAAGGUUCAAUCUUGAAGGCCUCUGUGGACUACAUACGGCGGCUAAAACAUGACCAGGAAAAACUUCGGAGUCUUGAAGAGAGGCAGAGACAGACAGAUGCCGUCAAUAGGAAAAUUGUUAUGCGUCUUAAGCAUCUAGAGCUGCUGAUGAAGAAUCAUGGCAUAUCCACAGAGUUUGCUGAUGAAGGAAUAAAUGCAGUCUUGAGUACCAUGGUGUCACCAAACACUCUUAAUCUGCACACCAUCAAAUCUGAGGAUGGUAUGACACAUUUACUGGCUUCAGGUGCCAGUGCCACCUCACAAAGCUUCCUGAAUUCUGUGCACAUAGACUUUAUGGAUGACAGCUCCCCUGUCAGCGGUGACCCCAUGCUGACCUCAGAACCUGUCAGUCCUGAAAAUGAUGACAGCUCUGGGUUGGUCUAAUUUGCCUGCACAUCUUUGAUUUGAAAGAAAGUACUGAUUUGCAAACUUGCCUUAGAGAGAAUGCAGUUGCCACAGCUAAUGGAUGACAAUCUUAGGCAGCUCCAAAGGCUGCUUAAGUAUGUUCAUGAUGGUGGCUAAAACAUCAAGCCCAUACUGUAAGCUGUGAAAAAUUCUGGAGAUACUUUUAGAGUGUUGAGUCUUCACUUUAAGAACAGAAUAUCAUCAAAAUACAAAAAGACGCGGAGAGAUUUCUGCCAUUGCAGAAAAGGGGAUCUCUGAGGUAUGCAGAAUAUCAUGGGUGAACAAUUACAAUUUUCUGCUGUUGUAUAGUUUGAUAACAUUUCUGGUCCACUUGGACCUUUUUUUUUUUUAAUGAAAAAGGUGUAACAUAAGCAUUCUUUUAUCAUUAUUUGGACUUGAAUCAGAAGCUUUGAAGUCAUUUAAGGCAUUUUUUGGUUUGGUGUCCUAUGUGGAUGACAACAGCUACAAUAGGUGAAGACCCUCACAAGAGGGUCUUGUGUUCCAAGUUGGGUAGGGAGCCACAGUCCACUAACAAACAAAGUGGUCAAAAUGGAGGAGACAAUUAGUUUUUAAGAGAAAAUUGUUAGUUGAAAAAUGACAGCUGGGCCUUUGCAGCAAAUUUCAUACUAACAAUCAGCGUGCUGCCACUAGCUGGGGAAAUUGUUAUAGGAUUUUUGUAUUUGCCUUAUAACAACCCAUUUGAAGUGUCAGCAAAGCUAAACUGAAAGAUUGCUGUGAUAAUUCUGGCGUUUAUUGUGAUGGCUUUAAAGAAGAGGGGGAUUGGAGUUUUAGACUGAGCCAGCAACUAAGGCUAUGUCACUGCAAAGCAGCCAGCCCUCUAACCAGAUACUAUAUGCACUUUGGGAAAAGUAUGCAUAGUAAGAACAACACUGGAAUGACUUUGCAUUAGUUGGUAGGCCAGAGAUACAGUAAUUUCAUACUUUUUCAGAAAAUAAGAGAUUAGCCUAACAUUAUAAACAUGCCUAAUAAUCCUUGAUAAAAAUGGGGAAGCAAAUUGGUAUUUUUCUGUUGUCAGAUUGUAAUAAGAUGAAUGUACACUUGCAUACGCAUGACCUAUUACACACACAUAACGCUCGACGAGCCCCCACAGAUGACGAUGAGGAUGAAAAGAUUUGUAGGUGAAUCAAAUUGAAGAGGUACAAGUACAGAGCAAUGUCACUGAGAGAGUUAUAAAGAAGAUGGCAGACAAAGACCAUUGUUUUUUUCCCUGCUCACUCAGCCAUUACAGAGCAACUCAGUUUUCUUAAAUAUAAUGUCUGCUUCAAGUGACGUGGAGCAAAUGACAUACACACAUAAGACGUCAGACAGAAGACCCUAUUUGCACACGAAACAAUACGAGACCUACCACAACUCAUUACACAGAUGAAGUAUGUGUUAAAAGCAAGGCAACCAUCUACCUAUUCCAAUCUAUGUUGUGUUUAUUCUGACAUGCAAUCUUUGUAAUAUUUAUGACCAUGUUGUACUUGACAAGUUGGCAAACAUGCAGAUAACACAUAGCAAGAUUUUCUCAGUGUCACAGAUUUCUGAUCUUCCUAGACAGAAUUAUAAUGUCAAUCUUCGUCUUAUUAGAGUUCAGUGGGUGAUAACUAAUACCUUUGUACAAGUGGGUCCAAUCACCACAAAUCUUGCCACAAAGUCCAGUUUAUUUGUCAAAAAUACAUGUGGGAUGAUUCAUAAGGAAUCUAAACACAUUAAUAAGGGCAUAUGCAUAAAUUUCGUGAAACCUUUGAUCCGUGACUCAUUAUUUUUAAAAGACAAUGACUAGGUCUAGAAAAGUUGAAAUUACUCCCAGGAAAUGACAAACUAAACAACACCAAGAAAGCUGUAGAAAAAUUAUUCCUGAAGGGAUAUCUACAGCUUCUCUAUAAAUGGACAAAACAAGAAUAUUGACUAGCCUCCAUGAAAUUGCCUUACACAGCAAUCUUAGCGCUCAUGCAAGCUGUUGUAACAACAAUUUACAAAGCAACUCGUGAGUUAAAAGAGCAUUUUAUUCAGUACCCCGCCCCAGAGAGGUUGGUAUUGAGAUGUAUGCAAAUUAUCUUGAUAUGUAUUGCAAAUAGAAGCAUUAAACAAUACAAGAUAAGCUAAAAAAAAAAUCCUAUUUUAAAAAAGUAGUUAAAGAUAGACAUAAUGCAACUGUAAAAAGUACAUCUAACUAAAAAUAACUAGGGACCCACACAAUCUGUUUCAUUAAGUGCAAAGUUUUUUCAUUAAUGGGAAAAUAUUUGCUUGUUACAAGGACCUUAGAGACAUGUCUUGAUUGUAACUUCUGCUGCUUUCGCAUUUACAUUAUGUCUUAGACAGGGAUGUCUUUUCACGAAAGCUUGUCAGUUAAUAGUUUAUGUACCAAGGUCAGGGAUGGGUCAUUUGAUUCAGGCCUGUGUGCCAACUUUUGACAUCCCCUUCAUGGGCUUAGUGUAGAGAUGGCCAUUUUCUUUGUGUGAAAAUGAAUACAUGCAUUUUCUUACUAUAGUUGCCACCCAUCAUUCUCCAUUUCAGACAAACAGUUGUAUUUUGUAAUAGUUUUGUCUCCUCCUUCAGUCAUUAUUUCUGUCAUAGAUAUAUGUUCCUUUGUUAUGACAGAUGUGACUCUUUCCUGAACUAAAAACACUGGUGCUACCAUACUUUAGUAAGAUGUGUCAGUAUGUUUAUUUGUCUCAUUCCAAGUAAGAAAUCUACUGUGUGUAUAUAGACAUCACAUGUAAAAUUCAUUUUGUUUCAACGCAGCAAGUAAUGAAGCUCAGUUAAUUUUUAUGUGACACUUAAAAUUGUUUGGUUCUGAUUUGUCUUCACUCUAGAUUAUUGUCACGUAUGAAAAUAAGUGCUUGAAACAUCUUGUCAUUUAAUUUUGUACAUCUUGGAUACAAGUGUUGGGGGAAUCUUAGGUGUAUAUGAAUCUGCAUGUGCAUACUUGUGCAGGAGAGGCCUUACAGAUGAAGUGUGAAGUUGUUGAUAAUGCUAUGAAGUGCCUUCAUUUUUAUUUUGUCAGUCAAGUCAAGGUGUAAAAUUAUUUUUAAAUAUAGCAGUGAUAUUAUAUCAGUCCAGUUAUUUUUUAUUUAGUCAACGACACUAUUGACUUUUUGGUAAAGAUAGAAUAAUAACUACUCUCUAGGUGCAGAGUAAUGACCUUGUCUGCAGCAAACAAAACACUUUUGGUGUAGUUUUAAAUUAGAUACUCAGAUUUGGGUAUUUGCAAUUCUAGCAUGAGUCAGUCAGACUAACAUAUAUAACAAAACAUGCUGAGAUACUUCUGAGGCAGUAAGGUAUGUGACAGGGUGUUCUUGGCAGUAAUGGCAGCACAAGCAGCAGCACCAAGACUAUUUUGGAAAUAUGUGUGUGUGUGUGACACAAUGCCUGUAUGUGUGAUGCAAUGCCUGUGCUAUGUUCAUGUGAUCAUGGAUAUUCAACCUACUUUACAGUUGACUUGUGUAUAUCAGGCAAUAAAAUGACUCUCAUGAUAUUA